AUGCCAGACAGACAAGUUUCACCCACUCAAGUGUACGUGAUAGGCCCAUCGUCUACGGGAAAGACUACGCUCUGCAACGCGGUCGCGAAGUCCGUAGGACUGUCUACGAGGUGCUAUAUCACUGAGGUAGCGCGCCAAGUGAUGCGGUCGAAGGGCUACACAAGGGCAGAUGUGGGCACGAUAGAGAUGCAAAGGGCAAUUAUGUUGGCACAGUUGGAGAAAGAAGCCAAUGCUUUUGCGCGCGCACGCUGGGGAAACAAUGAAGGACUCAUCCUUAGCGACCGUUCUGGCAUCGACCCCAUCGUCUAUGCUAUUAUGACCGCGAAGGGUGAGGGCGAGGCACGGCAGAAGGAGGAUAUGCUGGCCAACAUACCUGCAUUCCAAAUGGCACUCCGUCGCUACAAGGAUGCCAUCUUCCUACUCUUGAACCCUGUGGAAGAGUGGCUGGUGGACGACGGCGUGCGGAACUUGGACAAUCACGAACGUUGCAUCAAAGUCUUCCGUCAAGUACUCGAUAAAUUUGGGAUCAAAUACCAAGAGAUGGGAGCGGAAACCAAGAGGAUCGAAGAUAGAGUAAGGCUUUUGGAGGAACGUAUAUUACUGGCUCAGCGGCCCCAUGUCUCCCAGACACCGGCCACUCGACCCAGGGUCAGUAAGUCUACUUCAGCGUGUUAUCCCGAUACUGAAGGCCAUCGUCCAGUCACGAACUCCGGCCGAGAAAUGAGACCCUAG